AAAAAAGGUCUAAGAUAAAACAAAAAAUACAGAUAAAUAUAUGAUGUCACCACCCGUAUGCCUAAAGCUAACUAUAAGCCUAUAUAUAAGAGGGGAAUUAGUUGCUAGCUUCUGUCACUUCUUGUAUGACUUUUGGGAAGAGCGACAACGUUAGGAAAGAAAUGUUUCAUUUUAUUCACCUUGUGCGAUUUUUGGCAGAUCUAAAUAAACUCCAAAGUGGCAUGAUUGCUCCAUUUCUAAUUGACAUGGAACUUUUCCAUCUGGUCGUGGAAGACCUAUUUAUGUACUAUAGAUCCAAAUCACUGAACCUGGGAUUAAAUCGCGGUGCAACAGAUUUAAAACUUAUCUACAACUUUGUGGCUUCUUUGCAUGCAUGUUGCAUCGAGGCAGCCCUUGAUCGCUACAGCUUGCAUAAUAUAUACAGAGUCAAGACGUUACACAGGUAUCUUACAGAACAUGAUGUUGUAUCAGCCAGAGAUUUUUCUUUUAUUCGUGGAGCAGAUGGAUCCCUUCAGAUGCCAGUUAUGCCUGGCCUAUAUAACGUCCUCAGAAAUUGUCUCUUAGAUCUCAUGGCUAUACAACGAAAGCAUGAACUUUAA